AUGCGUGGAGAAGAAAAGAGUUCUUUGGAGCCAAUAGCCAAGGCACGAGCGGAAUUGACGAUCAAGAUGCGCCGAUGGAAUGUGAUGCUUUAUGGAGAUCUCCCUUACAUCUUGGGAUACGCUACUUCCGGGAGUGAUCUACAAGUGGUGGCAAUCAAAAGAUCCGACGGACCGUGUCGCGCAAGUGUGAUACUCGACUUCAGCGUCUUCGAGGAUAAAGUCGGUGCGCUGAAGGUGUUUUACAAUUUGGCGUUCUUGCUCCACCAGAUGGCCAAGUUAACGAAGCGAUCGUAUGCGUGUGAUCUCGAGCCAUUCGUACCCGAUGAAAACGAGAAGCGGAAGAUCGUGCUGCUGGAUGUUUUUAUCGAACGGACGAUCCGACGUACACAGAGCAGUGGUGAAAUGGACGUUGAGCGACUUAAAAGCGUAUACGAGACUCUGCAAGGAUUAGAUGAAAGCAGCCCCGUGACGCAUUUGCAGACCGUGGAAAAGUUGUCGGUGAAGCGAGACGGCCGUUUGGUAGUGGAACUGUCUCCGAUUGGUUAUCUGCGACUUCCAACAAUCGACGAGCUGAGCGAGUGGUUGCGACAUAUGCUGACAGCGUUGAAGUAUUGGCACGGGUGCGGGUACUGCCACGGUGAUAUUCGUUGGCGUAACAUUGUGCUGGUGCCGACCUCUGGAUUCAGUUAUUGGGUGUUGAUCGACAUGGAUGAGUCACGCCAACUCAACACAACGACUAUUCGGUGGAAACAUCGGUAUCAGGGUCACAAAUUACGAUUUCAGCACGACUUGUGUCAGCUUGCAGAUACGCCAGAGUUGACGGCUGAAGUUGCGCUCGCAACGCUGGAGGAAGUUGAAUGA